AUGAGAGAUCGGGGCAGUAUCAUGGUUGAAUCACCCGGCAAGGCUCUUUUGUUCCACACCGUCUGCUGGUUGCUCUUGAUCAAGCACUUUGGAAAUAAAACAAUUGAUUUCCGCAGGCUUUUCGAAGUCUGUAACAAUAGGCCUUGGUCGGAAAACUACUCUGAAUUUUCGAAUACUCCUAAGGCUGCCCUAUUGAUCGAUACUAGGUGGAAAGAGAUAUCGUAUGAUGGAAGAGAGGAACCAAUUUGCCCAAUGGAAACGCCCCGUAUCAGAUACAUUGGGGACGCAUCAAGAAAGCUCAGGAGUAUCCAGCGCUCAAGGACAUUAUAUCGCAAUCUGGCCUCAUCUAACAUCGAUUGCCUCAGCACGCUGCCAAUGGAAAUACGACUUGAGAUUGCUUCUUACCUUUCAACUCCCGAUUUCUUUACUCUUCGCACUGUUUCACGAGGUAUGGCCGCUCUCUUCUCACUCCAGUCGUUCUGGAGGACAAGGUUCCUCAUAAACGGAGAUCGAGGCUUUUUGUAUUAUCUUACAGAGAAACCUCAUGGCCACCGAAAAACGAAUUGGCGGUCGAUGUAUCGCUGCACUGCGAGAUGCGACACAUCCGAUUGUCUUCUUCGGGCCUUGCUUGGCAUCUGGAGGGGGAAUCGCUGGCUGGUAGACAGAUGCUCAAUGGUACAGAGAUUGGAUGAUCAGAGUGAAUCUGACCUACAACUGGAAGUUUCUGGUCAAAUAUCUUGGAAAGUCCCCGUUAUCGAGACUCUUCGCGAUAGAUCGCCAUGGCGAGUUUAUUGGCUCAGGUCCCCCUUUCGUUGUUUGAGCCACACAUCUGUCACACAAUUUGCCUCACUGAAAGGAAUUAUCAGGCUAGUCGUGUUUGUUUUACAUGAGCCCCCUCUUAGAACCGAAAACGAGACGACAACUUGGAUUACGGGAAUUGAUUUAAUCAGUGCGAAUGCAGAAAAGACAAUCACAAUUGGGUAUCGAGUACCAAGAAGUUAUGUGACACUCGAUCUCCACCAACGAAAACUGCGAGGAUUCGAGAUUUUUGUUGGUGAUGGCGGAAUCCGAGCUCUACGUCCUAUCAUGAAUAGAAAGAGUGUGGAGGACUGGAUAGGUCAGCCAGCAUCUUAUGACAGUGCCUCCGGUUACAAGUCCAACCACUUCCGAAUUGCUCGCCGGGAUGAGAUCAAAGCUAUUUCGGCCAAGUUUGAUGUAAGUAGACCUUUCAAGGUAUAUUUGGCUACAAGCAAGUGA